AAAGCUGUUUUCACCAGGCCGGGGUACGUCGAGUACAGGUGGGAAAAGAAGGGGUGGGGUGAUCUUCUUCUUCUCGCUCAUCCUCUCCAUCUCCGGCUCCUCGACGCCAGCGGAUCCGCCAACGUAAUUGAAGAUUUCAAGUACCGGAGCAUCGACGGCGAUCUGGUAGGUAUUGUUGGUGAUUCUUGGUUGUUGAAAACCGAUCCAGUGUCGACCACAUGGAAUUCGACGAAUGGCGUCAGCGAAGAUGGUGUGCAAGAGAUCGUUAAUGCCUUAUCUAAAGAUGUUACUGCUUUGGAUUCUUCGCCGAUUCAAACGACUUCUUCUUAUUUUUACGGCAAGGCAAUUGCCAGGGCGGCAAGAUUGGCUCUUAUUGCAGAGGAAGUUGGCUUCCCUGAUGUAAUCCCCGCGGUUCUGAGCUUCCUCAGAACAUAUAUAACUCCAUGGCUUGAUGGAAGCUUUAAUGGAAAUGGAUUCCUUUAUGAUCCUAAAUGGGGCGGUCUUAUAACAAAGCAGGGAUCGACGGAUUCCGGUGCUGAUUUUGGCUUUGGUGUCUUCAAUGACCACCAUUACCACCUUGGCUACUUCCUUUAUGCAAUUGCGGUGCUUGCCAAGUUCGAUCCAUCAUGGGGCAGAAAGUUUAAACCUCAAGCCUAUUCAAUCAUGGCAGAUUUCAUAAACUUGUCUGGAUCAAAUUAUGCCAGAUUGCGAUGUUUUGAUCUCUGGAAGUUGCAUUCUUGGGCUGGAGGGCUUACAGAGUUUGCGGAUGGGCGCAAUCAGGAGAGCACAAGUGAAGCGGUGAACGCAUAUUACUCUGCGGCGCUCAUGGGACUGAGCUAUGGUGAUGCACAUCUGGUGGCGAUUGGGUCUACGCUGGCGGCAUUCGAGAUUGCUGCUGCAGAGACAUGGUGGCAUGUGAGGGAAGGGGAUGGAAUGUAUGAGGAUGAUUUCAGUAGGGAGAACAGAGUGGUGGGGGUCUUGUGGGCUAAUAAAAGAGACAGUGGGUUAUGGUUCGCGCCAGCUGAAUGGAGAGAGUGCAGAUUGGGGAUUCAAGUUCUGCCAUUGUUGCCAGUAACGGAAGAUCUUUUCAGAGAUGUUGGGUUUGUGAAGGAGCUGGUGAAGUGGGCAUUGCCGGCGUUGACGAGGGAGGGAGUUACUGAUGGCUGGAAAGGGUUUGUGUAUGCGCUGGAGGGAGUUUAUGAAAAGGAGGAGGCUUUGGCGAAGAUUAGGAGUUUGAAUGGAUUUGAUGAUGGGAAUUCACUGUCAAAUUUGCUGUGGUGGGUUUAUAGCAGAGGAGAAGAUGAGGGAGGGGUGAGAGGUGGGUGGUUUGGUCAUUAUUGUCACUGAUGGAUUAUGCUUUUUUGUUACUCCUGUUGUGAUUUUGUGAUAUACUCUUGACAGUGAUGAGUGCAUGUGAAGAAGGGUUGGAGCUAUAUGAAAGAAACAGAAAGAAAUGAUUUUGUGUAAGAAAAUUUUCACUUUUACUGAAAUAAAAUUUUUGAUUGCCUCA